CUCUCUCCUUCUCCUCCGUCCACCUCCGCUCCCGUCUCACACCUUCCUCCCCCCCUCCGUCCCUCCCCGCCCGAUCGCUACUGCUGAAGCACAGGUCCGGUCCAUCUGCUCCCUUUGUCCUGUUGCAAUCAUUCGGCCGCGUUCUUGGUUUCUAUAAAACCACUGUCCCGAUCUACCCCAGCCUCACUGCCAUCGCCACUCCGUUGGCCUCGCUCACUCACUCACUCACUCACAAUGUGGCGCCAUGGCGAGAGAUGCGUGAUCCUUGCUGUGGCCGCCGCCGCACUUUUGGUGGCGGCGGCCGCGGCCGGGCGGGACGGCCGGCAGACGUACAUCGUGCAUAUGUCCCACUCGGCCAUGCCGAAUGAUUUCGUGGAGCAUGGCGAAUGGUACGCGGCGUCGCUGCAGGCGGUGUCGGAGGCGGCCACCGUGCUCUACACCUACGACACCCUCGUCCACGGCUACUCGGCGCGGCUGACGCGCGCCGAGGCCGAGGCGCUGGAGUCGCAGCCCGGCGUCCUCAUCGUCAACCCGGAGGUGCGGUACGAGCUGCACACCACCCGGACGCCGGAGUUCCUGGGGCUGGACGGCACGGACGCGCUGUUCCCGCAAUCGAGCACCGGGAGCGACGUCAUCAUCGGGGUGCUCGACACCGGCGUGUGGCCGGAGAGGCCGAGCUACGACGACACGGGGUUCGGCCCCGUGCCGGCGGGCUGGAAGGGCGAGUGCGAGAAGGGGAACGACUUCAACGCCUCCUCCUGCAACAAGAAGCUCAUCGGCGCGAGGUUCUUCCUGACGGGCUACGAGGCGGCCAAGGGCCCCGUGGACACGUCCAAGGAGUCGCGGUCGCCGAGGGACAACGACGGCCACGGGACGCACACCUCGAGCACGGCGGCCGGCGGCGCCGUCCAGGGCGCGGACCUGCUCGGGUACGCGGCCGGGACGGCCAAGGGCAUGGCGCCCCGCGCGCGCGUCGCGACGUACAAGGUGUGCUGGACGGGCGGGUGCUUCAGCUCCGAUAUCCUCAAGGCCAUGGAGGCCGCGGUGACCGACGGCGUCGACGUGCUCUCCCUCUCCCUCGGCGGCGGCACCGCGGACUACUACCGCGACAGCAUCGCGGUGGGCGCCUUCAGCGCCAUGGAGAAGGGGAUCUUUGUGUCCUGCUCGGCAGGCAAUGCCGGCCCGGGGGCGGCGACGCUGUCGAACGGCGCGCCGUGGAUCACCACCGUUGGCGCGGGGACCAUCGACCGCGACUUCCCCGCCCAUGUCACCCUCGGCAACGGCAAGAACUACACCGGCGUGUCCCUGUACAGCGGCAAGCCACUGUCCACCACGCCGGUGCCGUUGAUCUACGCCGGGAACGCGUCGAACAGCAGUAUGGGCCAGCUCUGCAUGUCCGGCAGCCUCAUCCCGGAGAAGGUCGCCGGCAAGAUCGUCCUUUGCGACCGCGGCACCAAUGCUAGGGUCCAGAAGGGCUUCAUCGUCAAGGACGUCGGCGGCGCCGGCAUGAUUCUCGCCAACACCGCCGCGAACGGCGAGGAGCUCGUGGCAGACGCGCACAUUCUCCCGGGCUCCGGCGUGGGGGAGAAAGCCGGCAACGCCAUUAGAGACUACGCCAUGUCCGAUCCGAAGGCGACGGCGACCAUUGUGUUCGCCGGCACGAAGGUCGGCAUCCAGCCGUCUCCCGUGGUCGCGGCCUUCUCGUCGCGGGGGCCGAACACCGUGACGCCCAGCGUCCUGAAGCCGGACAUCAUCGCGCCCGGCGUGAACAUCCUCGCGGCCUGGUCGGGCUCCGUCGGCCCCUCGGGGAUCCCCGGCGACAGCCGCCGCGUCGGUUUCAACAUCAUCUCCGGCACCUCCAUGUCGUGCCCGCACGUGAGCGGCCUCGCGGCGCUGCUCCGCGCGGCGCACCCGGAGUGGAGCCCGGCAGCGAUCCGCUCGGCGCUGAUGACGACGGCGUACAACGAGUACCCCAACGGCGACGGCAUCCUGGACGUGGCCACGGGCCGCCCCGCGACGCCGCUGGACGUGGGCGCCGGCCACGUCGACCCCGCCAAGGCCGUCGACCCGGGCCUGGUGUACGACCUCACCACCGCCGACUACGUCGACUUCCUGUGCGCCAUCAACUACGGCCCGAUGCAGAUCGCGACGCUGACGAAGCGGUCCUCCGACGGGUGCGUCGCCAACCGCACGUACGCGGAGUCCGCGCUCAACUACCCGUCCUUCGCCGUGGCGUUCCCCGCCGCCGGCGGCACGGUGAAGCACACCCGCACGGUGACAAACGUUGGGCAGCCCGGAACGUACAAGGUGACCGCCAGCGCCGCCGCCGGCAGCACCGCGGUGAAGGUGUCCGUGGAGCCGUCGACGCUGAGCUUCAGCAAGGCCGGCGAGAAGCUGAGCUACACGGUGAGCUUCACGGCGCCGGCGAUGGCGUCGGGCACCAACGGGUUCGGCCGGCUCGUCUGGUCCAGCGACCACCACGUGGUCGCCAGCCCGAUCGCGGCGACAUGGAACUAACCGGUGGCUGUAGCAGACUAGCAUCGCUUAGCAGAAGCGUACUAGAUCUCGAGAUAAAACCAGAGCGAGAUGGCAACGACUAAAAUGAGCGAGCGCCAUUCUCGAAUGCGAGAGAGACGGUGGAAGGAUGUCGUCCAAGAGUGUUGUUGUAUCAGUCAGUCGAUUAGGGUGGCGAUUUCAACGCAUGUUUCCCCGCCUCUCCGGUGUGUAAGCUGCCGGUGUACUCUGUAACUGACCCGAUUGUCGUGAAGCAGCAAUUAAGCAAAAUAUCUCACUGUAUUUAGCUGUUCA